AUGGAAGCAGAGUUAAAGAAAGAAGAAUUGAAGAUAAGGCAGCUGGAGUUAAAAAAAGAGUUCCCUGUGGUAGAUGAGGUGGCACACCACGACACUGCAAAAGUACAGGUAAAGUACCCCAAAUUACCUGUGUUCAAUGAUAAAUGCGAUAACAUUGAUGCAUACCUUCAGCGGUUUGAAAGGUUCGCUAGGAACGCAAAUUGGUCCGAAGAAGUGUGGGCCAUCAGUUUAGCCUCCUUAUUGCAAGGUAAAGCCCUGGACAUAUAUCACCAAUUAACCCCUUCAGAAGCAAAUAAUUUUGAGCUGGUAAAAUCAGCACUAUUAAAGGGAUUUGAUUGCACAGCUGAGGGUUUUAGAACUAAAUUUAGAAACUGUAAAUUUUCUACGGGAGAGACUGCCAAACAGUUAAUAUCAAGAAUGACAAAACUGUUUGAGAGAUGGACUGAGAUGGCAGAAUGUGAAAAAGAGUACGAGGUUUUAAAGGAACUGAUCAUCAGAGAGCAAUUUCUAUCCUCAUGUGACCGUAACCUGAGUUUAUUCCUAAAAGAGCGAUCUCUAAGAACUCUACAAGAGCUACAGGAGAACGCGGAUCGUUUCCUCGAGGCCCACGGAAACCAAGGGACUCGAGCAAUGACACACCAGUCGCAGGUAUUCCGCCCUCCUCAGCCCUCCACGCCCAGCAUCCCAGCAACGGAAAAAGGCGCAGUGCGGGGCCAGGUAACUUGCUUCAUAUGUAAUAAACGGGGACACAGGGCAUGGGAAUGUUAUUUCAGGCCACCGAAUGUUCGAGGAAAAACGAGCAAACCACAGCCGCGGAAGGAAGAUGCAGCCGCCCCAGUAAGCAGUGUUGUAAUUGCACCAGAAAAUAGUGUGAAAUGGAAUCGAGGAGAAGCAAAGGAGAGUGAAAAGAAAGCUGUAGAUGGAGAGGAAUUGUGUGGAGGAACUCUAGCCAAAGGUAAGGAGAAGUUGAAGACUGCUAGAGGAGAAGUAGAAGGAAGAAAAGCCGUAGUACUGAGGGACACAGGAUGUUCAACAGUGUUGGUAAGGAGAAGUCUGGUUCCGUCGUCUAAAUUGACUGGUAAGGAAGUGGGCAUAAUGAUGGCAAAUUCUAAAAUUUAUUACUACCCUGAAGCAGUAAUUGAUGUCAAAACCCCCUAUUAUACUGGGAGGGUGAAUGCCGUAUGUCUACCACAGCCCCUGUAUGACUUGAUAAUCGGGGAAAUACCAGGAGCAAGUACAGGUGAGGACGACGCACGAACGGAAAAGUGUGGAGUGAUGACGAGAAUGCAGACCAGAUUCGAGAGUGAAUGUAAAAGGAAGACGCCAGUGUUGAAGAUAGCAGAGGUUACGAAAAUGUUGAACACGAAUAUACAGAAAACUCAAGAGGAGGAUAAAAGUUUGGAUGGAAUUCGGAUAUACGUACAAAAAGGUAAAGUUUUUAAAAGGAUGAAAAAUAAUGAAAUAUCUAAAUUCGUUUUGAAAAGAGGACUGCUGUACAGGCAUGUGAUGACGGGAAAACGACAACGGGAUCAACUCAUUGUUCCUCAGGCGUGUCGCCAAGCUAUCCUGGAGCUGGCCCAUUCAGGCAUUAUGGGAGGCCACUUGGGCACAAGCAAAACUAAAGAUAGAAUACUUGCACAUUUCUUUUGGCCAGGUGUUACCGUCGCUGUAACUCGCUACUGCAGAUCAUGCGACGUGUGUCAACGGACGGUGGAUAAGGGGAAGGUGAGCAAGGUCAGACUGGGUGACAUGCCGCUCAUUGGUGAACCAUUUUCUCGCAUGGCCGUAGACCUGGUGGGGCCGCUUGAGCCACGAUCUUCAAAUGGCUCUCGGUACAUCCUGACGGCAGUGGAUUAUGCUACGCGGUACCCCGAGGCUGUCGCUCUUCCAAGCAUUGAUACACCCACAGUAGCAGAGGCCUUGGUUACAAUCUUCAGCAGGGUAGGUGUGCCUAGAGAGAUUUUAUCUGACAGGGGGACACAGUUUACCUCUGACAUAAUGAAAGAAGUAUAUCGCUUACUUUCUAUUCAGUCUUUGACCACUACACCAUACCAUGCUAUGUGCAAUGGUCUUGUUGAAAAAUUUAACGGGACACUAAAGAAAAUGCUUAAAAGGAUGUGUGUUGAGCAGCCCAAGGAAUGGCACCGCUACUUGGCGCCCCUUCUAUUUGCUUACCGCCAAGUACCCCAGGCCAGCACGGGAUUCUCGCCCUUCGAGCUGAUUUACGGACACACCGUAAGAGGACCGCUAACACUGCUGCGUGAGUUAUGGGACGGCAGUCCGGUUGAUGAUGAGGUAAAGUCUGCAUAUGAGUAUGUAAUUAAUCUACGAGAAAGGUUGGAAAACACAUGUAGAAUGGCUUUAACAGAAUUAAAACAGGCGCAGGAGGUAGCCCAGCACUACUACGACCAGAAAACCAAAGACCGAAAUAUUGUGGUUGGCGAUGACGUCUUGCUACUGUUGCCUACCAAUACCAACAAGCUGUUGUUCCAGUGGAAGGGACCGUUCAGAGUCUUAGGCAGCCCUAGCAAAUGGAACAAGGUGGUGGAUGUAAACGGGACUCCGAGAAAAUAUCACGUUAACAUGUUGAAGCGUUACGUGUACCGCGAAGGCGAAAAGAAAACGGAGAAAACCGCCGUCGCCGUGGUGGCGUCCGACGCCGUGCAAGGUAAAUUAAUUACAAUUCCCAGUUAUUGCCAGCAGGAGACGUGGAAAGACGUACAUUGCAAUAUUCAUUUACCAGACGAUCAGCAAGAAGAUCUACAGGAAAUUUUACGCAAGUAUGAAACGGUAUUAACGGAUGUUCCAGGUAAAACUAAUGUGACUGAAUACAAAAUUGAGGUGACGGUGCCCGACACUAUUAGAGUAAAACCUUACCCUAUUCCUUACAGCUUAGAGGAUGUGGUGAGAGAAGAGCUGUCUCAUAUGAUGCAACUUGGCAUUAUUGAAGCAUCGGACUCCUCGUUCUCGACUCCUAUUUUAGUUGUGCCUAAAAAGGAUGGAAAACAUCGGCUUUGUUUGGAUUUUAGGAGACUAAACAAAAUUGUUAAAUUUGAUGCAGAACCCAUGUGUGAUCCAGAAUCCAUAUUUUGCAGGCUAAGUCACAGCAGAUAUUUUUCGAAGAUCGACCUGACAAAAGGUUACUGGCAAAUACCUCUGGAAAAGGAUUCCCGGAAGUUUACCGCUUUUUCUACUCCUGCAGGUUUGUUUCAAUUUACAGUCUUGCCAUUCGGCCUGGUUAAUGCUCCUGCAGCGUUUAACAGACUCAUGCGAAGCUUAUUUGGCAACAUGGAAGGAGUGGAAACCUUCCUUGACGAUAUUCUGGUACACGCGACGACGUGGGAUCAACAUUGCAUUCUACUAGAGCAAGUGCUGACUAAACUCUGCAACGCAAAUUUAACGGCGCGACCAACGAAGUGCGAGCUAGGUAAGACAACCUUGGAAUAUUUGGGACAUAUUGUUGGCGAAGGCCAGUUAAAACCUACUGCUGAAAAGACUAUUAACAUCAUAGACACUCCCCCGCCUACUAGUAAAAAGCAAGUUAGGUCAUUCCUCGGGCUGUCUGGAUACUACCGUCGCUACAUCGAAAAUUACGCCAGCAUCGCCGCGCCGCUGACGGAGCUGGUCAAGAAAAGCGCCCCGUCCAAGGUCACGUGGCGAGAAGAACAUCAGCGCGCAUUCGACAGGUUGAAAUAUGCGCUGUCAGAUAAACCCAUCCUUAAACUCCCAGAUAUUAAUAACCCUUUCAUCCUCAGAACAGACGCUUCGGAAGUGGGUUUGGGAGCUGUCCUUUUACAGGAAGAUGCUGACCAGAAACUCCCCGUGGCGUAUGCCAGCAGAAAACUGUCUAACACGGAGCAAAAAUAUUCGGUGAUCGAACGAGAGUGUCUGGCGGUGGUGUGGGCGACCAAGAAAUUCUACAAGUUCCUGUACGGUCGCGAGUUCUACCUCGAAACGGACCACCAACCUCUCGUGUAUCUGGAUACAGCAAAAUCACUGAACGGUCGCUUGAUGAGGUGGGCGCUAGCUCUACAAGAAUACAGAAUGAUUAUUCGUUAUAUCCGCGGUAGUGAAAAUGUUGAACUACAAACUGCCAAAGUCUCCUAUGAUCUCACCUUAUGUCUUCACACACUCUCCUUACGGGUAAGCUCCCCGAAGCUGAGCGGCAGCUACGACUCUUCGCUUCAUGGGACGCUCGACUGGAAGAGAGGCGAAAUGAACAGGGGUGGUCAAAAGACUGCUACUACUGGUCAUGGCAUUCGAGAAAUCUACUGCACCUACUCAUGGAAACGUAGGCGCAUUCUGAUCUCUAUGAUCUGUCAUGCACAGUGGAAACGUAGGCGCAUUCUGAUCUCUAUGAUCUGCUAUGCACAGUGGAAACGUAGGCGCAUUCUGAUCUCUAUGAUCUGCCAUGCACAGUGGAAACAUGAAUCAAGUGUAGAUAAGAAGGAACGUGAGAAAGAUUCUGAUGUAGAAAUGCAUGCCUUGCAAAAUGAAAUGACUGAAUUAACUAUAAAUCUAAACACAUUGUAUGCUGCUAUGGCUGAACUAAAAGAGGACAGAGAUAAGGAAAAGAGUAAAAGAGAAGAGUUGGAAGAUAAGUAUCAAAACUUAUUGUCAGAAGUGACUACUUUGAGAAUAGGUUCCCGUUUAGAUUCAGACCCAUUCUUUUCUACUCCUGCCAGACUUGAGCGAACAGUACCUCAGGCUAAUAUUGCUCAGGCUAAUCAAAACAUUCCACUUGUCACUCAGCUCCAUACUUUAACAAGUAAGGAUAUUGAAAGGUUGAGCAUGAAAGACCUACAUGGAAUUGACACUCUUGGUAACAUUAAGAUGUUUACAAAACAGGUAAAACAAUUUAGGACCAUAGCUAGAGCAUUUCCUCAAGAACAAGCCCCUAAAGAGGAAGAAACAUGGAAGAAUGUGAUGAUGGAAAACUUACCAGAAUCCAUCAAACAUAGGUUAAAGGUCUGUGCUAGUGAUGGGAUGGGAGAAGCAUUUCUGUCAGAAUUAGAAAGAGAACGCAGCUACGUGCAUUCACCGGUAAACAGAGUAGAAUUCAAAGAGACAGGCAAACCCAAAGAUAUAAUUGUUUAUCCUUGUGGUUGGUGUCAAAAUGGAAGCAAACAUCUUCGUAACAAAUGUCCAAGAAAACCUCCUGCAAGAAGUUGUUUUGACUGCCUAGCAGAGGGUAAAAGAAAAGGUCAUUCUGGAUGUCCUGGUAAGACUGAUACGAGAACACAGAACAAUGGUGACCCAACCAAUGAAUAG